AUGCAGGCCGCCAGGUGUCUCCAGGCUCUCCGCCGCCCGAUCCUUACUCCGCUUGUCGGAUCGUCACGAGUAGCGGCUCGCGCUUUCGCGACUGAGGUCCCCCCGGCCCCCGAGUCUUCGGAGAAGCAGCCCGCCGCUCAUGCCGAGGACAUCGCCGCCGCAAACGACCUCACCGCUCACCUUCCUGCGAACGUCUCGUUCGUCGACCUCGGAUCGCGGCCGACUCCCAGGCAGAUUGUUGCCUCUCGUGGUGUCCGCCUCCACGAGGUCCCUACCGACUUCUACUCGCCUAUUGAGCACCCCGUCUCGUCCCUCACCUCUGCGAACCCGACCGAGGGCAGCGGCGAGACCCUCCCCCUCCCCUCCCACGUCUUCAACCUUCCCCUCCGACGCGACAUCCUCCACCGCAAUGUCGUCUGGUACCUUGCGAACCUCCGUAAGGGUAACCAGAGCACGAAGAACCGUUCGACGGUCGCUUAUUCCGGACGGAAACUCAGGCAGCAGAAGGGAUCCGGAAAGGCCCGUGUUGGAGACGCAAGCAGUGGUACCCGUCGUGGAGGAGCGCCGAUCUUUGAGCUGAAGCCCCGUGACUGGUCGCAGGACCUUCCCCGCAAGGUCCGCGCUCUUGGCCUGCGCACCGCGCUCAGCGCCAAGCUGAACGACGGCUUCCUCCGUGUUGUUGAGGAUGUCGCGGAGGGCAACUGGCCCGGCACGUACGAGGCUCGCUUCGGACCCAAGGACGGCCUGAACAUCCUCUUCGUCCACUCGCCCAUGCGCGAGGCCGAGGGCGUCGCCAACCUCUGGCGCGUCACCCGCAACGUCCCCGGCAUCGAGGUUCUCUCGACCGACGACCUCCUCGUCUACGACGUCCUCAAGUACUCUUGGGUCGUCAUUGAGCGCGGCGCCAUUGAGGACCUCGCCGGCCCCGGAUGGUUCGACGCCGUCAACGAGGCUUACGGCCUCGAGGCCCCGGAGGAGGUCCAGUCCAUCGAGACCACCCCCACCCAGGCUUAA